UUUUACCAUUAGAAGACAGAUUCAUGAGGUUUUUAUCAACUAGACCCAGGGAGGAAGAGAGAAAGAGAGAGAGAGAGUGAAGAUGGAAGGCCCUCCAGAGGAUGAUUGCUGUGCAGUUUGCCACGGCCCUUUUAAUCUCCCAUGCCGCACCUCCUGCUCCCACUGGUUCUGCGGUGAUUGUAUUUUGCGCGUAUGGAUCUAUGGAGAUACACUUAAGCGAUGUAGAUGCCCCAUAUGUUGUUGCUAUUUUUCCAGCUUGACACCCUUGGAAGCAUCCUUCGAUAUCCUCCAUGACCCAGAAGCUACUAGAAUCAUGGGAACUGUUCAGAGGUAUAAUCGGGUGCAUGCUGCUGGCAUCAAAGGUCUCGUUCAGAAAAUGCUUGCCCUGCCAUUUUUCAUCUGGAUGACACUACAAGACUUGAUGGAUCCUGAUAAAUCCAGCUCGCUCUUAUUCAGAGUGCGCAUUUUUGCACUUCUACUUGGCACGAUCUACUUGGUCAGCCCUAUAGAGAUUACUGCAAUAGAUAAGAGCAACGCAUUAAACUUAUUUGAGUGCGGUGCCUUUGCAUUUGUAACUCUCAUGCAUAUUAUUGGACUUUAUCGCUCGGGGCGUCUUGCCAGGAAUCGAAACAGAUGGAUCUUUGACCGACAUGAUGAUUGAGCCGUACGCCCUCUUGCCCCUCUUCUCUUCCCCAGAUUUCCCUGCAAAUAUUUGGAUGCUUUUGAAACUGUGAUCAGUUUGGAGACAGAUUGAGAGCUGGUGUAGACAUUUUGUACAGUUCACAUGAAUAGUCCGAUGUAAAAUAUCGAUGCAUGCUGUUUGCUUGAGAGGACAUCAGUUUAUUUCUCAUUGGUCUUACGUUUAUUGCUGUUAAAUGUAUGCUUUGUACGUUGGUUUGAUUUGGGAUAUCUUUUUUGUUUGGAAUUAAUAGCAUAAUUCUUGACU